AAUGCAUUUGCUUGUAUUAAAGUAUUUUUUAAAGAGAAUGCAAGUAUACUUUAUUUUUACCUGGGUUACCCUGAAGUCUACAAAGAACAAAAAUAUCUGAUGGCACUAAAAGAGGAGAGUCAAGAACUGAAUGAAGUGGAAGAGAAAAAUCAGUAUGACGAACAUCAUGAUUUCACGGCUGGAGACAAAUCUUUUUGUAACUCACCGACUCAACAAAACGCAAAAGAAACUGCAAACUUUCAAGUCCAGGUGAGUGUUCAGACGGGAGAGCGCCCUGUAACCUGUCAACAGUGUGGAAAGAGUUUCACUCAAGAAGAAAGCCUUAAACUCCACUUGAAAAUCCACACUGGAGAAAAACCGUUCAUAUGCCCUCAGUGUGGGAAGAGAUUCAGUCGAAAAGAAAGCCUUAAAUGCCACUUGAAACUCCACACUGGAGAGAGCCUUUUAACCUGUCAACAGUGUGGAAAGAGUUUCACUCGAAAAGACAGCUUUAGAGUCCACUUGAAGAUUCACGCUGGAAAGAAACCGUUCGUUUGCCCUCAGUGUGGAAAGAGUUUUACACAGAAAAAAGAACUUGAUGCCCACUCCAGAGUUCACACUGGAGAGAAGCCUUACACUUGUAAACUGUGUGGGAAGAGCUUCUCACAGAUAGGAAAUCUUAAGGCUCACAUGAGAGUUCACACCGGAGAGAAACCGUUCACAUGCGCUCGGUGUGGAAAGGGUUUUAAACACAAGACACAACUUGAUGGCCACAUGAGAAACUACAUUGGAGAAAAGCCUUUUACUUGCAACCAGUGUGGAAAGAGUUUCACACGAAGAGAAGGUUUUAAGACUCACAUGAGAGUUCACACCGGAGAGAAGCCGUUUAUGUGCGAUCAGUGUGGAAAGAGUUUCGGAUAUAAAGACAGCUUUGAUCAUCACAUGAGGACUCACUCUGGAGAAAACUCUUUUAUGUAUCUUGAGUGCGAAACGAGUUACACAGAUGAUAAACAUCUUAAGGAUCAUGUAAAAAUUCACACCAGACAGAAGCCUUACAAGUGUCUUCAGUGUGAAAAGAGUUACGCAACUAAAAGAAGCUUGAGACGGCAUUUACAAACUCAUUCUGGGAAAAAAUUGCCACUUUCCUCAGUGUGAGUAGAGGUUUAGUAAAAGGAGUAAUUUUCAACAAUCAUCUGCACAUUUAAUGCAAUAAAAUGUUACACAAAAAAAAACAAGUAUAAGAGUGCUAUUAGAAUACUAUGAAACUAAAAUAGGAAAGUAUACUUUCAAGUUGCUUUUUAUACUGUAUACGUCUCAAAAUAUACUUUAAUGUAUUUCAUAAAAAUUGUACUUAAGACUACAGGUAUCCAUUAGGUAUCCAUGAGGUAUACUAGAUUUAUACUGACAUAAAAUUAAUAUGUUUGGCCUAUACUUGUACAAUCUUUUGAGACACUUGGUUUGUAGUUGUUUACUCCUUUGACUGAGCCUUUUUAAAUAAAUAUUUUUUUUUCCCCCACAUAGUUUUACAUACUGUCUUUUGACAAAAACUUGAUUUUGUUUUUUCAAAACUUUUUUUUUUUAAACUUACACAUUCAAGUGUUGAUUUAAAAAAAUGAAGAUAAAAAUGUUUUUUUGUUUUUAAAGCAGAGGCUCUAAUAUUUUUUUUUUUCUGUAAAUUGUAUGUUCAGAUGGUCACUCAUCCAGGUGAAAAGAAAAAAAGAGCAGUAACAUAAUGCUUUAUUUUCACGCGCUAAUUUUGUACUUAAUAUAUUAAAGCUUAAUCUUAAGUACUUCUUAAAAUAAUCCUAAGAUCAAAGUAUAUUCAACUGUACUUUUUCAGACACCAUGAAUUUGAACUAAAAUGUGCUUUUAAAAUACUAUAUUUAAAUAGUACAAUGAAGUACACUAUUAGCAUGUCGUUAUAUCUGACUACUUAAAACAGUCCAAUGGGGUGUGACAGAAUUCUUAAAGCAUUCAAAGCACACCUUUAAGAAACACACUAAUAAAACUCCUCUGUUUUUGCAAGUCUAAGUCACAAAUUAGCAGAAGUUGUGAAAAAACAAGAUGAGAAAGCUCUAGAAUCGAGCAUUCUGAAAACAGAGUGAUAAUUUAGCUUCAACUUACAAGUCUGUCUUUUGAACAGCAUAUUAUUUCCCUGCUGAAAAAUCCAGCAUAAACCAGCAUGGAUUCCAAGAUGGUCCAAGUUGGUUUAUGCUUGUUAGUGCUGGUUUAUGCUGGUCCAGGCUGGUUUUUGCUAGUAUAGUGCUGGUCUAGCUAAUGGUCCAGCAUAUCCAUGCUGUUCCUAAGCAAAAGCUGGAUCACCAGCACGGUCUUGCAGGAUUUAUUAUCAGUAUUCAGCUGUCUGUAUUCAAGCUGUGUUCUAGAGACAAACAUUGUUUUUGAUUGCAUAUUUCUCUAUUUGACAUAUUGUUUUUCCUUUGCAUCAUUAAUGUAAGGUUAAAGCUAGAGCUGGAGAUUCAACACGUUAAUUAGAUUAAUUAAUUAUAGUGACAAAUAACACAUUUAACACACUUGCCCCAUCCCAGACCUACGUGGGUCAUCUGACAUUUCUGAUCUGGCAGGGCAACAACUCACUGCAUGAUGGAGCCUAGAAAACAAAGUCCCUAAGAUAUGGGGCAAAAAUGCCUCUGUUUGAGUUUUUAUCUCAUAUUUAUAUCAGUCAAUCACGUUUAUUUAUACAGCGUUUUUUUAACAAAACAGGUUGUGUCAAAGCAACUUUACAGUAUUAAGUAGGACAAUAGUGUGUCAAUAAUGCAAAAUUUACAUGUUGCAGCAAAGUCAGAUUUUCUUUAUUAAAUAACUUCUUAAAAUUCACUUGAAAAAUUGUCUUGGUGUUUAACCACAAACACACACUAAGAAAUGUGAUAUGUAACACAUGCACACAUUUUGUUGUGUUCUUGCUGGGAUCAUACCAGCACCAAAAGAAAACAAAUGCUGGUCCAACAGCAAACUAGCAUCCCAAGUUGGGGACCAGUAACCAGCAUCCCAUGCUGGUCCCAGCAUGAA